CAUUAGUCUCCUUUUAUUAGUUUUGAGUUUUAGACAUCAAAACCCACACCUUCCCUUUCUCUGUUACUACUGCUUCUAUUAUUAUUAGGACUAUAAUGGCAUUUGCCUCUCUCGUUCCCCUCCUCCUCCCUUACCAAAUACAACCACCCUCCUUUAAAUCCAUCACUCCUACCUCGCUCUCUCUCACCUGAUCAAUAGCGACCUUGACUGAAUCAGCACUCACACUCACCUAUCAUGGGCUAUUUCUCUUGCAAUGCAGAGUCUGCAAUUGCAACCUGCGAUCCUUCCAACUGGGAUUCUUAUCGCAAGCGAAGAAGAAACAAGAACCAAACCAAACCAAAUAAACCAAUCAAAAUCAGAGAGUUCAGUUACACUGAACUUGUCAAAGCCACCAAUACUUUCUCCGCAGAAACCUUCCUUGGAAAAGGCAGCCAUGGAACCGUUUAUAAAGCCUUUCUCGACCAAGGCAAGCUCAUAGCCGCCGUUAAAAAGACAACCCAUCAAACAAAUUUCUGCAACAGCUAUAACUCUAACUGCGCGACAGUUCCUCCGGCAGACAACGAGAUUGAAACUCUAUCCAGAGUUCAGCAUCCAAGAUUGGUAAACCUCCUUGGUUUCUGUGUUGAUCCUACAGGCCGUAAACUACUUGUCGUCGAGUACAUGCCAAACGGCUCAUUAUACGAUCUUCUACAUUCCAGUUCUCGACCUCCCGGUUGGACCAGGCGGGUUCGAUUCGCAUUACAAAUAGCAAAAGCGGUCCAGGCUCUCCACGCCUCCAACCCGCCGGUGAUUCACAGAGACAUAAAAUCAUCAAAUGUGCUGAUCGAUGAAUACUGGAAAGCGAGGUUAGGUGAUUUUGGUCUUGCCUUAAGAGGACACGUGGAAGACGUUCAUGUGAAGUGCACGCCACCGGCGGGGACGUUAGGGUAUCUUGAUCCAGCCUAUCUUGCACCAGGGGAUUUAAGCGCCAAGAGUGACGUGUUCAGUUUUGGGAUUCUGUUGUUAGAGAUCAUUAGUGGCAGAAAUGCGAUUGAUGUAAAUUACAGUCCUCCUUCAGUGGUUGAUUGGGCGGUUCCCUUAAUUAAAAAAGGUGACUUGGGGGCAAUAUGUGAUAACCGGGUGGCUUCGAUGCCCGACCCGGUUGUGAUCCGGAAUUUGUCUGUUUUGGCUGCUAGGUGCGUGAGAUCCACGGCCGAAAAGCGUCCAGGAAUGGCGGAGGUGGUUGAAGGAUUGAAACUUGUUAAUAGAAGAAUCCGUGCGCCGCCUAUUUGGAAUCACCUGAGAAGGCGCGUGGGGCGCGUGGAGGAGGGGGGUGUGGUCGUUGAUAGAAGUGAAGAGGAGGUCAGUGUCAACGUUCACAAGACGGUUAAAGUAGGAAGUAGGAGAAAUAGUAAAGUAUCGAGUGUUUCAAGGGUAGAGUAUGGAAGCGAAACGAUUGGUUCGGUAGGGGAUAGAGUGAUUAGGUCGAAAUCUAUUGGUUCUUUUGGUGAGAUAAAGAUGGGGUCUGAUUAUUCUUGGAGAAAACCUGGAGGGGUGGCAGUGAAAAUGCCUGCGGUGAAAUUAAGCAAGUCGAGGUCUAUGGGGGUGUUGCAUGGUCCUAGGCUUGUACAUUACAAGAAGAGAGGAUUUUUCUUAGAAUUUGGAACAGAAAGUGAUUCAAGGGAAUAUGAUGUUGCCCCUAUGCGAAACCUGUUCAUUGGUCUGGAUGAGAAAUUGGAGCAAAAGAUACAAGAGAAGCCGUUGGUGUCUAAAAAUUAAAUGUACUCUUGUCGGACAAAUCAAGAGAAUUUGUCUGCUUUCAGUAGGUAUACAGUCUUAGUUCUGCUUUGCUUUUAGGCUGGCUGGACCAAUGUCCCUCCCAUCACAUCCUCCUCUGUUGUGGGUUGAUGAAUUUAGUCGUUACUGUAUUUUAUGGCAAGUCUCCCGUUGUAAAAGGUUUAGAUGCAUGCCAAGUUGAUGCUGUAGUCUGGUCUUAGCCUUGGCAUUUCUAUAUGGCUCUGCCAUUUUGAUGAUGGUAAGCAACCCAUCAACUUACAACAGGUUAUCUCUAGGAGGUGGCAUCAUCCUAGCGUCGCCGAGUUAGAAAAGAUUAGAGAGUUCUUAAACUCCAAUUACAGUGUCUCACUCCCUUUCUAUAUCUUUCUUUUUUCACAUCUAUGUUGAGCUAUAUACCGGUGUGUUCUUUCU